GUGCACCGCCUGCGCUAACUGAUGGGCGCAUGCGCGGCGCGCGCUCUCCGGAGCUGGGCCCGGGCUGGUAGAGCUGCCAGGUCAGGGGGUUUCCGGCGCCGGGAGAGUGACCAAAGGCGGUGCGUGUUGGCUGUGACUUCCCACCCCACCAUCAGCCGUGUUUCCAUCCUAGCAAGACCAGAGAUCUGUAUUCCUUGAGAUUGUGAACAAAUCCUUUAGCCAUAUUGAGCCUUAAUUUUUCUAACUGGAAAGUUCUACAUUAUUGAGUUACUCAUAAACUGGGGUCAUGUUUACUGAAGGAUUUGAAACAGAAGUAACCUUAUCUGAUGUAUUUAAAAGGCCAAAACCAAAAAACAUUCUGGAGGAGGUAUAGAAGAGAGACCAAAGACAAUAAGGCCAGUUGAGAAGCUGAAGUAAUAGUUCAGAUAGUGUUGUCAUAUGAAGUUGAAAAUGGCAGAAGAAGAGGAUUAUAUGUCUGAUUCUUUCAUCAAUGUCCAAGAAGAUGUCAGACCAGGAUUGCCAAUGCUGAGGCAAAUCAGAGAAGCCCGUCGAAAAGAGGAAAAGAAACAGGAAGCUAAUAUGAAAAAUAGGCAGAAGAGUUUAAAAGAACAAGAACAAGAAAGACGUGAAAUUGGAUUAAAGAAUGCACUAGGCUGUGAAAACAAAGGGUUUGCUUUGCUCCAAAAGAUGGGAUAUAAAAGUGGUCAGGCUCUUGGCAAGAGUGGAGAUGGUAUUGUUGAACCAAUUCCUCUCAAUGUCAAGACAGGGAAAAGUGGCAUAGGUCAUGAGGCAUUAUUAAAACGGAAAGCAGAGGAAAAAUUAGAAAACUACAGAAGAAAGAUUCAUAUGAAAAACCAAGUUGAAGAAAAAGCUGCAGAACAGUUUCGGAUGCGACUUAAAAAUAAACAAGAAGAAAUGAAGCUAGAAGGAGAUCUUAAAAGAAGCCAGAGAGCCUGUCAACAAUUGGAUACCCAGAAGAAUAUUCAAGUUCCCAGGGAAGCAUGGUACUGGUUGAGGACUGAAGAGGAAACCAAAGAAGACGAAGAAGAAGAGCAGGAUGAAGAUGAAUAUAAGAGUGAAGGUUUAAGUGUGCUGGAAAAAUUACAAACACUGACUAGUUAUUUAAGAGAAGAACAUCUGUAUUGUAUUUGGUGUGGAACAGCCUAUGAAG